AUGACCCUCUACAACCUUAUUAUCUUUGCUUCGCAUUUUAUUCCAAAUGAUGAAAUUCUCAAAGAUAAGCAGAUAAAGGACAUAGAUGUCCUAGAAUAAGUAUCUAAAAUUUCAAGAAUGGGAGGAGUAAUGUUAUCUUAUCAACUUAUUAAAUCCCUUGGAGAGGUUAAUACAAUGUCAUUUGGAAGCAUGAUAGGUGCUCCUUUUAUUCUUAGCAGACUAACUGGAUUACUCAAAAGCCCAAUAGAUUAUGAAUCUGAGUUAUAUCCUGAUUGGUUUUAAAGGGCAAGUGACAUUUUCUUUUCAGUAUGCAAUGGUGCUUCUGAAGGCAUCACAGUGCCAGCUUUACUAAAAUAUAUUGUUCAACUGACUCCAUUAAAACAUAAGGGUCUAUUUUUCGGAUAUAAUUGGGGCUUUUAUCAUAUUGCUCAUCUUUUGGGUUAUGUGUCUGGUUACUUUUGGUUUGAAGGUAUGUCUCUCUUUGACUAUAUAGUAUUCCUAUGGGGACUAACGCUUUUUACCUCAUUCAUGUUCUUUAUGAGCACCUAAAAUAAAUCUGAAGUCGAUUAAGAAGGCAAAAUCAUUAGUAAUAAUUCUCUGAAAUCUUCUAUGUUUGAAUUGGAGUAAGAUCUUGAUGACUCAAUUGAUUAGUAGGAAUCACCUAAGACUCACUAUAAUUAAGCAACUCUGGAUUAAUUUUCACCAUUUAGUUAAGCUCGUCUUCAAUCUGCCAACAUUAUCCUCUCAAAUAGAAUUGAUUUAGCUAAUGAUGAUUAAGAUGAGAGUGAAGAAGAAUUCUAAACUUCAACCUUCUUAGAAAAUUUGAAAAGUUUCAAGGAGCUCUUAAGCUAUAAAAAGUAUUAGUUAUUCUUACCUAUGGUGAUUCAAAGCUCAAUGUGUUUACCCUUUAUUUUUGAAAAAUUACCUGAUAUAAUCCUAACAUAAGAAAAUGAGCAUAGUGGAAGUUAACUUGCUAAAUUUACAGAUAAAAUGCGAAUUAGUAUGAUUGGAUGCUUUGGUAAUAUAGUAGGCUCUAUGUUUAUUGGAUUACUCAUUGAUAUUAAAGGAUUUAAACUAUCAAUCUAUACAAAUAUGGGUGUAGCAGUUAUUUUGUAUUUAUCAACUAUGAUUUAUAUAUCCGAUAUUGUAAUUUCUACGUUUUUCGAAUCAUUUGUGAUAUUUGCCUGGGGAUUUUAAGAUGGAUCAAUAAAUACUUAAGUUGAAUUAAUAUCUGGAUUCGAGUUUCAGAAUGAUGGUAGACCCUUUUGCAUAUAUUUCUUUACAUCCUCCAUCGUAUAUGUUAUUAUCUCACUGAUUUAGAUAGGCACACAUACACUUCCAGCAUUUUCUAUAUUUUUCUCAGUUUAUUUGUUUUACUUUAUUGGUGCACUAGGAAUGGGUUCAAGGAUUAAUUUCAUAAUGGACUAAGAGCGAAUAGAAACUAGAAAGAAAAAAAGGAUAGUGAAGAGUUUUACUAAAAACUUUAAUAGAUAAGAAACUUAAGUUAAUAUAUCUAGAAAAUAAAGUCAAAAUAUGCCUUAUACUGCAAGUGGUAAUGAUUUUAAUAAUACUGAUCAUAAUUAUAGCAAACUAAUUUGA